UCUUUGUUUCCGAGGGACAGUUUUACCUUGUGCACGGCGGCUCUCACGUGUGUCUGUGCGUGUGCAGUCAUGGCGGGUGAGCCUGUUAGCGACACGCUGGAGAAGUGUUUACAGCUUUUAAACAGCGGCACAGCGCAGCCAGAACUAUUUCUAAAUGUGCAGGAUGGCUUGGCCACAGACUUCACAUCUCUCACAAAGACUUUGUACGAUUUGCACAAAGCCCAUAAGCGGAAUGGGUGGGAAGGGAGCCCGCUGACCCAGCUGGUGGUGGAGAACUUUGACGAAGAACAGAUCUGGCAGGAGCUCGAGCUUCAGAACACGGCUGUGCUCAGGCACUUCCAGGACGCAGUGAGCCAGGCGGUCACAGACGACACAUUGACGCUUUUAGAAGAAGAAUCAGAGAAGGAACAAGAGGAGGAAAAUGGUGGGCAGGAGGAGGAUGAUGAUGAUGAUGACAUCAAUGAUGAUGAGGAGGAGGAAGAGGAAGGUGAUGAGCAGGAUGAUGAAGAGGAUGGUAAAAUAAAAAAAGGACUUGAGUCCAUGUUAUCUCUGUCCGAUGACGACGAGGACUCGGAUAUCGAUUUCGACGUUGAUGAGUUAGAAAAACAAUCCAAACAAAAAAAGAAAACAGACAUCCAGUUCCCUAAAUCUAGGACUGUCUCAGAAGUGGACGAUCAGUUUUUUAAGCUGUCAGACAUGGAGGCUUUUCUCGAUGAUAUGGACAAGAGGGAGGGAAAGGAACAUGCUGGGGAGGACAUUGACUACUUUCAGGACCUGCCUUCAGAUGAGGAUGAUGAUGAAUUGGUGUUUGAUAAACCUGCUGCAUCUAAGAGUAAGAAAAAGUCAAAAAGUUCCAGAAAUGUGAAAUACAAAGAUUACUUUGUGGAUGAAGAACCUGUUCAACGCGAGCCAGAUGAGAAGGAUGAGUCAGAGUCUGCUGAUGAGGAAGAGGAGGAUGAAGAAGCAGAAGAGGAGGAGGAGGAGGAGGAUGAUGAUGAAGAGGACGUGGAAAGAGAUGAUUUUGAUGAAGGCGACGCUGAGAGCCAGAAAGCCAGAAACGCUUUGCGCAAAGUGACCUUCGACCUCCCUAGUGAGAGUGAAGGAGAGGAUGUGGAGGACAUUCUAGGCGGAAAGUCAAAAAACAUAUCGAAGACAGAUGCCAAGUCAGCGUUUGAGAAAAGACAGGAAAAGAUGCAAGAGAAGAUUAGUAAGCUGGAGAAGGCAGCGUUAGCUGAGAAGCCGUGGCAGCUGACCGGAGAGGUGUCGGCACAGACUCGGCCAGAGAACAGCAUGCUGGAGGAGGAUCUGGAUUUUGAUCAGGCCUCCAGGAUGGCGCCUGCGGUCACGGAGGAGACGACGCUCCAGCUUGAGGAGAUCAUCAAGCAGAGAAUCAAAGACCAGGCCUGGGAUGAUGUUGUGAGGAAGGAGAAGCCAAAGGAGGAAGUGUUCGAGUAUAAGAAAAGGCUGACGCUGGACCACGAAAAGAGCAAGCUGAGUCUGGCUGAAGUGUACGAGCAGGAGUACAUCAAGCUGAACCAGGAAAAGACUGAGGAAGAAGAGAAUCCGGCCCAUGUAGAAAUUCAGAAGCUUAUGGACUCCCUCUUCUUGAAACUGGAUGCACUUUCCAACUUCCACUUUACACCAAAACCACAUAUUCCUGAGGUUAAGGUCGUCUCCAAUCUGCCUUCAAUCACGAUGGAGGAAGUGGCUCCGGUCAGCGUCAGCAAUGCCACACUUUUGGCUCCCGAAGAAGUCAAGGAGAAGAACAAGGCUGGAGACGUUAUCGGUGACACUGAGAAAACCGCCACCGAUAAGAAACGCGAGAGACGCAAGAAGAAGAAGCUGAAGCGGCUGAAGAUCCAGGAGCGUGAGAAGAAGACAAAGCUUAAAGAAGCUGCGAGUGAUGGAAAGAUCAAGAAAAAGUCAAAGGCCCAAGUAGAAGAGACUCUUAAGAAACUUACUAAAGGAGGGAAAGCCAAAUUACUCACGGAUGACGGGAUGGACAAAGCGCUGCGCUCCUCUCAAGCCUUCUUCUCCCAACUUCAAGACCAAGUUAAGAGUCAGAUCAAGAGCUCCAAGAAUCAGUCUGGCAAAAAGAAGAAACAGAAAGAGGUUUCUGCCAGCAAGCUCAAGUUAUAGAGUUCUAAUCGUGUGUGUCAUGUACAGUUUCUCUUUUUAUGAUGCAAAUGAAACAAGUCUGGGUCGCCACAUGAUCUGGUCAUUUAUAUUAAAAUGGUUUUGUCGUAUUUAAAAAUAUGGUCUGUA